AUGCCGACCCAACGCAGCAGCGAGGCCGAGGUCAAAUCGUGGGGUUUUCCCCACGUCUUCACUUGGACCGAUGGACCGUAUGUAGUGCUAGUCUCCUACAUGUGGCUGGGCGACGACUUUCUGAACGCGUAUUAUCCCCCGCAUUCGCAUCACGGUCUGACAACGCAUCUGAUCUUGAGAGGGAAGUUGACAAUCACCUAUCCCAAGGAUGAACAGCCCGAGAAGGUUACGUUUGGCGUCGGCGACCGCAUUGAUGUUGACGCUGGCCGCCUGCAUGAGGUAUGGAUUGGAGAUGAAGGAUGUACUUAUGUAAUUGGAGAGUAG